AUGGCGCAAAUACGCGGCACAGCGGGCUACAACCUAGGACACCAGAACCCCUUUGGCGGUCCUGGAAGAGCAGAUGCUACGAGCGACCCAAGCCCGCUCGAUGCUAUCCGAGAGCAGACCGGCAAGAUUGAGGACUGGCUAGAUACUUUCUCCGACCCCAUCAGGCCUUAUCUACCAGCUGUCGGCCGUUUUUUGAUAGUCGUUACUUUCCUCGAGGAUACUCUACGCAUCUUGACUCAAUGGGGCGACCAGCUAUACUAUUUGAAAGACUUCAGAGGAAUUCCAUGGGGCAUAUCGCAUAUCUUCCUCCUAAUAAACAUCGUUGUGAUGGUCUCUGGUUCGAUUCUGGUCAUCGCACGGAAACAUAGUGAAUAUGCCGUCGCGGGGCUUCUCAGUGUUGUCGUCCUUCAGGCACUUGGAUACGGCCUCAUCUUCGACCUGAACUUCUUCCUCCGCAACCUCAGCGUCAUUGGGGGGCUUCUCAUGGUUCUUUCAGACUCCUGGGUGCGCAAACGGUUUGUCCCAGCGGGUCUCCCCCAACUGGACGAGAAGGACCGGAAGAUGUACAUCCAAUUCGCAGGGCGUGUCCUGCUUAUCUUCUUGUUCCUCGGGUUCGUAUUAUCUGGUAAAUGGUCCUCCUGGAGAAUCAUUUUUAGCCUGUUUGGAUUGGUUGCGUGUGUGAUGGUUGUCGUUGGAUUCAAAGCAAAGUGGAGUGCGACCAUUUUGGUUGUUAUAUUAAGUGUCUUCAACCUUCUGGUUAAUAACUUCUGGACGCUGCAUUCCAAACACCCACACAAAGAUUUCGCCAAAUAUGACUUUUUCCAAAUCCUCUCCAUUGUUGGUGGUCUCCUUCUCCUCGUCAACAUGGGACCCGGUCAAUUCAGCGUGGACGAGAAGAAAAAGGUGUACUAA